CGGAUACCCCCAAGACUAGAACGGUCCAAUCAUGAGGCCCCAAAUCUGUUGCCAAUGGCGAUUUGAAUAGAGCAUAAUAGCCAAGAGGCAGUACAAUUAUGAAAUGCUAUAGUUUUCUUUGAUUCUUGACAGACUAUAGAUAUGCUGAGCUCAUAGAAAUGGUUUGAGUCUCUUUAUGUCUGGAGUACUUAUUGCAGGCGUUUCGGGAUAGCGUUCUUGUGUGCACCGACUGUGUCGUCUGCGAUUGUGAAGAAUUGAUGAAGGAUUCCAACUAGAGGCACCGUGUUCUGGAUAUAUAUAACUGACAGCAAUGAUGCUGUUGAAAUUGAAUUCGUCGCCUCCUACACUACUUGCAGUCAUUUUUAUUUGUCUUUACAUUCCAUUUAUUUAUGGCUCAAAAUGUGAUUAUACAGUGUAUGGAAAAGACGAUGCUCCAGCGUAUGAUGUUAUAUCCUCAUACAACAACUUUAAGGGGGUAGUGGGGGUAAGGACUGAUGGCAGAGGAGGCACUCAGGAGGGACAGACGUCAUAUGAAUUCAGGAGGAGAGCUGAGAGGGGAUACUUGACCAUUCCAACAAGAAAUUUGUUUUCGGAUGAUUUUCCAUCAGAAUUUUCUCUCACAACGACACUGAAGUUUGCAAGUGUAACCAGACGAGAAUCGUGGCAUCUUAUAGAGAUUUCAAGCCCUGAUGGCGAGACGGAAUUUGCCGUUCGCUUCAAUGGAAAACUGAAACAAGUACACCUUCUGUACAGAGACAGGGCCCACAACACACUCCAAACUGCCGAAUUUGACAAGAAAGAUACACGAAAUGUUUUUACUAAAGGUUGGCAUAAAGUUGGGAUCAGUGUACAGAGAUAUGAAUGUUCCUUGUAUAUUGAUUGUAACAGGAUACAAACUGUCCAGCUUAGUUCCCUACAUGUCAACACCUCGGGAUACAUGACCAUAGCCAAAUCUUUGUCCUCCAAACACAACACACCAAAGUUUUACCUCCAGCGUUUUGCCAUGUAUUGUGACCCGGCCACAUCAUCCAGAGACACGUGUCAGGAGCUUGAAGAUAUCGAGGACGACACACCCAGGACAUACAAAGACCUGAUGUUGUCAGACAAGCAACAACGUGGAGGAUCCAUUUGUUCCGGUCCAUGUCAGGCGGUAAAAGACGGAAGACCGGGAAAACAGGGGCCACAAGGUCUUGCCGGAAAACCCGGGACACCUGGAGAAGCGGGACUUCCUGGAGAAAGAGGACCUGCAGGGAGAGACGGACAAGAUGGCAGACCAGGGGAACCAGGCAAACCUGGAAAACCAGGCCUCCAGGGUCCAGAAGGAGAAAGGGGACCUCGGGGCUAUGCCGGAAAGGAGGGACUCCCAGGAAAGCCUGGAAUUUCAGGAAAAGAUGGAAGUCCAGGACCAAGAGGACCACGUGGGGAAGAGGGUCCUCGAGGAGAACGCGGCGAGCCUGGACUGGAGGGACCAGCAGGUUCACCCGGAGAAAGCAUUGCGGGCCCUGAAGGACCAGAGGGACCGCAGGGGUCACCAGGACAGCCGGGUCCACAGGGACUUCAAGGGACACCAGGUCUACCUGGCAUUACCGGGAAAACGGGUAAAGAUGGAGAAAAGGGUGACAAGGGCGACCCUGGCCAACCCGGAUUACCGGGAGCAACAGGGGCUCAGGGUUUACAGGGAGUUCCCGGACCCCCGGGACCACCAGGGGCAUCGAUAAGUUCCGUCGAUGGAGAAUCGGGAAAAGUACUACAAGUACAGGGUCCAGCAGGUCCCGAGGGACCACAGGGAAUACAGGGAAAUCCUGGCUUACCCGGGUUACCUGGAGAGAAGGGAAGUCCAGGACAGAGGGGAGACAGGGGUGAAAUCGGAGAGAGAGGAGAACAGGGAGUUCCUGGAAUUGAUGGAAGACCGGGAACCGACGGCUUGCCGGGAACACCCGGCAAUUCCGGAAAAGAUGGCAAAAUGGGUCCAAAAGGUGAAGCAGGCACGGAUGGAGCCCCUGGGCUGGACGGAGUACCGGGAAAGCAUGGAAAACAAGGCGAACCUGGAGAAAAGGGAGAAAGGGGGGAACCUGGUAAGCCUGGACCCCCCGGACCUCCAGGACCAGCAAUCUCCCCCUUUAUGAGUGAUGAUCCAAAUGCUAUCAUGGAUUAUGAAUAUAAAUUCAGAGGCGAACAGGGUUUAACCGGCCAACCUGGACCUUCUGGGAAAGACGGACGCCCCGGACAUCCUGGAAAUCCCGGAAUGCCAGGAGAGCCCGGACAGCCCGGAAGAGCGGGACUAAUGGGAGAACAGGGCGACCCUGGUGACGUGGGGCCACGGGGAAUACAGGGACCCCCAGGCCUAAAAGGAUCUCAGGGUGACCCCGGAAUAGACGGAAUGCAGGGGGAUGCUGGCAUGACUGGUGCUCCAGGCCCAAGGGGGGAACCGGGCAAAGACGGAAGACCGGGUCCACAAGGAAUUCAGGGAAUAUCGGGUCCAAUGGGACCGAUCGGUCCUAUUGGACAACCAGGACCACCUGGUCCUCCCGGCCCUCCAGGACCAGUCUUUGAUGUGAAAUCCAUUAUAGGGGGCAUGACAGAUAGUAAUGUACUAGGUCCCAUGGGUGCCCCGGUAAGUUGUCACCAGCGACAAGGAUAUCCGGGUCCAUCAGGAGCUCCUGGCCUUACUGGAAUGCCCGGUGAGCGCGGAUCAACUGGUGAGAGAGGUCCGCCUGGAUCAGUGGGUGCACCAGGAGUUCCUGGUAUUUCCGGUCCUCCAGGACAGCCCGGACCCCCUGGACAAAGAGGACAAGCGGGUAUGCCGGGAAAACCAGGUUUACCGGGACGGAUGAUUCCAGAAUCUGAAAUAAGAGAACUUUGCAUGAGACUUUUAAGAGAGAACUUUGAAGAACUUGUUGAGGGACUGCGGGGACCUCCAGGACCACCGGGUGUGGGUAAACCUGGAUCUCAAGGACCACCAGGCCGAGUUGGUGCUCAAGGUGAGCGUGGAUUACCUGGACCGGCAGGUGAGCGAGGAUUUGUAGGAAUGCCAGGUCUUCCAGGACCCAUGGGUCCACAGGGUCCCCCAGGACAAGAAGGUCCAAAAGGUGAAAGGGGAGAGGUAGGGGAAGGAACACAGGGUAAACCAGGAAAUCCAGGAAUACCAGGACCCCCAGGUCCACCGGGUGAGGGAGUAGUGGGUCGACCAGGACAGCGUGGAAGUCCCGGAAUAGGAGGACAGCCGGGUCGUCCAGGACCCCCAGGCAAAACUGGGCCCCCAGGAUAUUGUGAAUACUGUAACUUUGCACCAGGAGCUAGGUCUCCGGACUAUAUACAACUAGGACCAGGACGCCAAAACAUCAAAGGCUAAAAAAACCAUCUCAUUUGUGAAUUCCGUAUAUAUGUGAUAUCAUCUGUACUUGUGCGUUUGUUAAAUACCAUCUUUUUGUACAUCAAUGUUAGUGCUGCUUCCGUUCAUAUAUUUAAUUAUGUGUCCACACGAUUUAAUUGCUGUAGAUGUUUCAUAGGUUGCUUGAUUUCUAGUUGUAGUUUAUACUGUGAGGCCAGUACCCGUUACUGAUUCAGGUAUAUCAAUCUCUAAAAUAUCAUUUCCUUUCUUUUUCAUUUUUUUCUCUUUUUAUUCCUCUACUGAAAGACUUGCUGCACAAAUAGUUAAUUAUAUCGAAAUAAUCUUAUGGGUUUUAAAAACUCUUUUGGGUGUUUAUAAGUUGUAUAUUUGUGUUGUGCUUUCCUUUUGUUUGAUAUAUUUUAAUUUCUAAAACGUGCCAUAAAAUGUGUUUUUGUAUUAGCACAAUGUAACUAUAUUUGUUAUAUAUUUAUGUCGCUUUGCGGUAAAAAUUCAACACGGUCCAUUAUGCAUGCAAGUAAAAAUAUUUAAAUUUAUUUUGAUAAAAAAAUAUAUCUAAAUAAAUAACUUUGAAGACUUUUGAAUUUCCACUUAAUUUAAUGAAUUGAUGCUAGAUUUUUUUGAAUAUUUAUGAAGAGGUGUACAUUACUAAUAAACGGAUCUCUUUUUCACCAAGUUUUAAAAUAA